ACUUUUGCUUCUCGGAAAAUAUUUUCAUAGAUUUCACAUUAAAGAAAUUCUCGAGAUAAUUUCGGCCUGAAAAAUCGCUACUCCGAAUAACACGAACAGUAUAAAAGUUAGCAGUAAUAAUGGCUUCAUCGAGAAUGCUCUUGAAAGUGAAAGACGGUCUUCAUCUUGGGAAGUUUGGUGUGCGGUUUGCCAGUUAUGAAGCGACAAGAAAGAAUCUUAGACUAACGAAAGACUCUAAAGUGAUCUGCCAAGGAUUCACCGGAAAACAAGGAACCUUCCACUCGCAACAAGCCAUUGAGUAUGGAACAAAACUUGUUGGUGGAGUUAGUCCAGGAAAGGGUGGACGCACACAUUUAGAUUUACCUGUCUUUAACACAGUUGCAGAAGCAAGAUCAGCAACUGGUGCUGAAGCAACCGUAAUUUAUGUCCCACCACCUGGUGCUGCAAAAGCUAUCAUGGAAGCACUUGAAGCUGAAAUGCCACUCAUUGUCGCCAUCACCGAAGGCAUUCCUCAACACGACAUGGUGAAAGUGAAAAACGCUCUUCUGUCUCAAGACAAGUCGCGAUUAGUCGGUCCAAAUUGUCCCGGAAUUAUCGCACCUGAUGCUUGUAAAAUUGGCAUCAUGCCGGGUCAUAUUCACAAAAAAGGCGUCAUUGGAGUCGUGUCACGUUCCGGAACUUUGACAUAUGAAGCUGUCCAUCAAACAACAGAAGUUGGCUUGGGACAAACAUUAUGUGUCGGUAUUGGUGGUGAUCCCUUCAAUGGAACUGAUUUCAUUGAUUGCUUGGAAGUGUUCCUUAGAGAUCCUGAUACAAAAGGAAUCAUCUUAAUCGGAGAAAUUGGUGGUGUUGCUGAAGAGAAAGCUGCCGAAUAUUUGACACAAUUUAAUGCUGGGAUUAAAGCUAAGCCAGUUGUGUCGUUCAUUGCUGGAUUGUCUGCUCCACCUGGACGUCGUAUGGGUCAUGCUGGUGCAAUCAUUUCUGGUGGUAAAGGAGGAGCACAAGAUAAGAUUGAUGCUCUUGAAAGAGCUGGGGUUAUUGUAACAAGGAGCCCAGCGCAAAUGGGCCGAGAAUUGUUCAAGGAAAUGAAGCGACUUGAACUUGUCUAAAUUUUAAACUCUAAAAUACAUUUUCCUAUCUCAUCAACAACCAUUGUGUUAUAAUUUAUCACUUUCGGUCUACUUUAAACGAGAAUUUAUCAAUUUUAAUGAAAUGUGCUUUAAACAUAUUCGAGAGCUUUAAUGAAGCAUCUCAUAGUCAAUACAAAGCUUUCAUUUGUAUUUCUUUUUGUUUGCUCAUUCAAUUCUUAAAUAUAAAUACAAUUCAAAGACAUCCGGAUAUUGAAAGAGAAAUAAUUAAAGUUAUGUUGAUCAAACUAUUAAAGCUUUAAGUCAUUGUACUCGUACUUGAACUGUUUUCAAUGAAACGACCUUGGAAAUGUUUUUUUUUACUCUUUUUCGGAUUUAAGUUGUGAAAGAAAACCACAAUUUAUGUUUUCAACAUGAACUUUCACUUUUAUUCUAUAACCAAAACUUACUUCAAUCUCUCGUUAAACGUUGAUCAGAAUGAAUGCAUCGCGUCGUUGUCGUUAAUAACAAUUUACCACAAAAAUUGCACUAGAUGUAAAUACGAUUUUCAAUCUUUACAAUAAAUGAAAGAAUAAAAUGAAAAUCUCACGAAAACAAAAACUUAAUUAGUUCUCCUCUGAAAUGGUAAAAUAAAUCAAUGAAGGUCAUCAGCUUUAACCGAAUAAAAUGUUCAUGAAUG